AUGGCUGCUCCCCAAGGAUAUCCCCUCCUCUGUCUCGAGAACCCCCUCCUUGAUAUCCAGGCUGUUGGUGAUGCCGCCCUCCUGCAGAAGUAUGGCCUGAAGGACAACGAUGCCAUCCUGGCCGAAGACCAGCACAUGGGUCUCUACGAGGAAUUGCUCCAGAACCAUGACGCCAAGCUGAUUGCCGGUGGUGCUGCUCAGAAUACUGCCCGUGGUGCCCAGUACAUUCUCCCCGAGAACUCGACUCUCUACAUUGGCUGUGUCGGCAAGGAUAAGUAUGCCGACAUCCUCAAGGAGACUUGCACCAAGGCUGGUGUCCACACCGAGUACCGUGUCGAUGAUGUCCAGCCCACUGGCAAGUGCGGUGUCAUCAUUACCGGCCACAACCGUAGCAUGUGCACCCACCUUGCUGCCGCCAACGAGUACAAGAUUGAGCAUCUUCAGCAGCCUCACAUCUGGUCCCUUGUCGAGAAGGCCCAGGUCUACUACGUCGGCGGUUACCACCUGACCGUGUCUGUUCCUGCCAUCCAGGCUCUCGGUGAAGAGGCCGCGGCCAAGAACAAGAUCUUCAUGCUGUCUCUUUCCGCCCCCUUCAUUCCCCAGUUCUUCAAGGAACAGCUCGACACCGUCCUUCCCUACACCGACUACACUUUCUGCAACGAGACUGAGGCUCGUGCUUACGCUGAGAGCCACUCGUGGGGUACCGAGGAUGUGGUUGAGAUCGCCAAGAAGCUGGCUCAGCUGCCUAAGAAGAACACCAACCGUCCCAGAACGGCCAUCGUGACCCAGGGCACUCUCCCCACCGUCACUGCUACCGCCAAGGCCAACGGCGAGGUCGAGGUCAAGGAAUUCAGUGUGCACGAGAUUGCCAAGGAGAGCAUCAACGACACCAACGGUGCCGGUGACGCUUUUGCCGGUGGUUUCUCUGCCGGUGUUGUCCAGGGCAAGUCUCUCGCCGAGAGCGUGGACCUGGGCCAGUGGCUCGCACGUCUGAGCAUCCAGGAGCUGGGUCCUUCCUUCCCCUUCCCCAAGCAGACCUACACUCGCUCAUAA